AAAUAAAAUCAUAUAACCCUUUAUGAAAACAAACAGUACGCUCAAACGACUGGUUCGACCUACCAAACAAAAACUUUCCUGCCUAUUUAAUCGCAUAUGAAAACACAAGUACAAUUCAUAGAUGCUGUAGAAAAGUCCUCAAACGUCCCAAUCUCAUCUCUCAGACUUGGCCCUUCUCGUGGUAGCAUCAAUAGUUGAAGAGUCGUGUUAAAACGUCUUGACGACCAUAAUAAACCAUCCAAGAACCCAAGUCCUAAUCCCACUAAGAAUUGCAGUUCCAACUCCAGUUUCACCUCCACCUCCCCUUCCAAUCCCAAUCCCCAUCCUAGUCUGAUAGAAUCACUACUACCGAGACAACCACCAUGGAUAUUAUACUAAUUCUUUUCUUUGUAUAAUCCUUUCCAGCCACCAAGUGGUAUCCACAGGCGGUCUAAAGAGGUAGAAUGAGGUAACCCAGUAAGGACGAGAGACCGUGUUUUGUUUACUUGCACGAUGCUAACCUUCCAACAAAUUCCUUCUAUUCUUCUCUCUCCACUACGCCUCACGGCUUUUUAAAAAUUUCUUCGUUUCAACAUGAAUCCACACUCGCACGAGACGUGCUAGCCAUCUCUUGUACGAGCGACGGUAACGUAUAUUUUGUCACUACACAUCAUGCCCGUUGUAAAAAGUGAAAAAUAAUGAGCCCCAUCUAGCUCACGUUGUUGGUGCAUUUCGGAUGAAAGAAAAACAAAAAGAAAAACGCCAAUGGCAUAUUUUAGAACCUUUUCAAAAAGUACGCUUGUUGGGUCGAUCAGAAGGUCUUCGGAGAUGAAAAGCUCGUCGCUGGUUACAGCUAUGAAGAAUCUUGUAAAUAAGGACAAUCGAUGGAAUUUAAUUCACGAGACAAUGAAGUCAUUUUUACCGUAAAGAUGUAUGUUUCUGACUUUAGAAUCCAAGUUGUUUCUUAUGAUGGCUUUGUCAGAGAACCUUGCGUUUGUUCAUUACGCUGGUUGCUUCGUUUCUUGAAGGAGGGAAAUGAAGGUUUGCUCGUAAAAAGGCGUAGUGAUUGGUAUGACGAUUGAUAACCAGCAUUGAAUUGCUAUUUAACUCCUAUGAGAUUCCUUUGUUCAAGUAUUGAAUUCCAUUGAUUCAAUACGUAAUUGUCAGAUUUCAUCUGUAUUGAAACCUCCUAGAUUGGAUUUCUUUUCUAUCCUUUUAUUCUCUAUUCUCUAUUUAGUUUUAUUCUUCUAAAAAAAAAUGAAGUUUUCCUUGUCUUCCGUCUUCCUUACUCUUCUUGGAGCCUCUUACACGUUGGCUACUCCUAUAACAAAGCAAGCCAUGUCUCCUGAACAAAACUUUGGUAUCCUCACUCUUCACUCUGGAAACAUCAAUGUCCACCAACGUGAGUUCUACGUUGGUCAAUCAGGUCAUGUCUUUUUGAGUCAGUACGACAAUGCUGAUGGCGCUGCAAAGUUCCAUAUGAAGAAUAAUCAAUUGUACCACAACAACGACCUUGCUUCCAUUGAACAAGGUGGUGCUCUUGUUUUCAAGUCUUCUGGUCCUGCUGUUACUGGCUUCGAUGCUAAUGCACCCACCAACAUUGGCUACCAGUUGCAAUUGAACGGCAGCACUCCCGUCGCUUGCCCUGUUCCAAGCGACCAACAAAUUUUCCAAGUAUACUAUGGCCAAGUCCAGAACGGUACCAGUUGUGUCGGCAUCGACACCAUCGCUAUUGCCUAUUAAACUAUGAUAUGAACAUUCAAAUGUGAAUUUGAUUGAGUUUGACUUUCAAUUGAAUUAUGAAUAUGAAUAAAAAGAAAUUCCCUCUUUUCAUCAUCGACAUUCCCUCUUUUUCAAUUCUCCCUUUUUCUCUUUUCGCUAAUAUAAAAAAAAACCAUUUCCUUUAUUCUCUUGUAUCCUUUAUCAUGUUUAUGCCCCAUGACCAUCCUCCUUCACGGUUCUCGUCCGGUUGGUCUCGUUCGACUCGACAUUGGAUUCAUUUCCAUAGGUUUUCUGCAUACAUCAAAGCAUUUGUCUUAUCUCUUAGAAUUACAUUUCGCAUUUGUCUUUCCGUCUCUACUUUUUCGUAAUCCAUAUUUAUUCCAUACAUAUGUUACUAAGCUAAAAC